ACAAACCACGCCCUCAACACGCCCAUUCCAAAUAAGGACACAGGGUCAAAAUGGCUGCCGGUCCAUCCCUGACAGAGAAACUGGCCAACAUACAACACAUGCCGUCACUGAUAGCCGCUACUGUAGCAUCAGAUAAACCAGUCGACGGAUAUUUAAUAAGAGACAUUGUCAAAAUGUCUUACGAAUCUUUACAGACGAGAGUAUUCCUCCAAAAAUAUUUGAUAAAUCAUCUUGACUCUAGCAGGAACGUCUACGUAAAAAUUAAAGUUUUAAAGUUAGUUCUAAGUUUGCUUGAUGAAGGUCACACUGACUUUCAUCGAAAUCUACAAAAGACACCCGAACCAUUUAAAAGCGCUUCGAUGCUGAAAGCAACUAGUCCAGAAGUGGCCGGAGACUGUGGAAGAAUUAGAGAUUUAGCAAAUAAAGUUCUUGAUCGAUUGUUUGACGAUCCUCCUUCUGAUCGUGCCUGUCCUUAUGGUCUACCACAGCAGGCAACAGGCGGCAGUGGUAGUAAUAUUAUUAAUGGAUUGGGUGGGGCCAGCAGUUCAUCUUCAAGAGAUAACACAUCGUCAUCAUUAUUAGGAGGGCGUGGAGGUGGUGGACGUAUCCAAGGAUUUGGUAAUACGCCUUCACCAACAAAUAAUAACAAUAGCUCAAUAUCAUCACAAUUGAGUUCUGCUGUUGGUAAUUUAUUUAGUUCUGCACUAGGUUCUUCUUCAAGCAAGGACAGAACCGGUUUGGUCAUUGAAAAGUCUUACGCAACCACAACUCCUGUACCACAAUACUCGUCUAGUUUAGGUGGAGUAGGGGGUGGGGCUAGUAGCCGUUCACAUAAUGCCCACUCAUUUAGAGGAGGAGGAGGAGGGAGAGGGACAUGGGAAGACGGGGAGGAGAAGAGAACGACAGGAGGUGGGAGGGACCGAUCUGAGACCGCACCCUCUCCUACUGUAGUUCACAGGGAUGGUGAGCAGGAGAGACGUUUGGUUGAUCAGAUAACGACACCAGGUGGAGUGAGAGUGGCACCAAACAGAGAAGAAAUGAGCUCAUUUUUAAACAGGUGCAAGUCAUUGGAUUGUAUCGCAAUUGUUGAGUGUUUGAGGGACAAACUGAAUAGUGAUUCUGAUCAAACGAUACUAAAAUCUUUAUUUGUUGUUGAAGGUUUGGCUAGGUCUGAUAUACAAGACAUAUUUUCUUAUCUUGAUUUGUUAUUAAAUGAACUGAAUUCAUUAUCUACCUCUAGUAAUGCAACAAUUAAAGCAAAAUCAGAUAAACUACUUAAUUUAUUGGGGACUACCAGUACAAUACAUGAACAGCAACAGUCACAAAUACAUGCCACUAGCUCUAGUAAUGAUGGUGCAUUAUUAACAAUUGAAGGGGAAGAAGGAGCCACUGCUACGACCGACUCUUCUGGUCUCUUUGCUGGUCUGACCAUCACCUCCUCCUCUCCCUCUCCUAAAACUCGCCCUCAGUCAUCCUCCAAGACUAGGAACCCACCAGCUAGAAAACAGCAGGUGGAACAGCAAGGACAUGAUCUAAUAGAUAUUACAUUAACACAGUCUCCAGAUACAGCUCCUCCUUCAACUGGUUUUGAGUUCCUCACUGCUCCUACACCCUCUCUCCCUCCCUCUUCCUCCAAGGAUCUUCUUGAUAUGAGACCUACUGAUGAUGAGUCCCUAUUUGAUCCACUGGUAGUUAGUGAUAGAGAGGAGGAGGGCCUGACUACAGGAGGAGGAGGGGGUAGUGCAUUGUUGGGUGGACUCAUGUCACUAGAGGGACCUGUUCAACCAGUUAUGGAACCAGUACAACCUGUUGUACUAACUAGUAGUAGCGUACCUCCAGCAAACGUGAUGCAGGGUUCUACCUUCAUGUCUGGUGUUCCCAUGGCAACCAGUAUGCCCUCAACUGGCGUUUCUAUGGUAACCAGUGGCCCUCCCCCUCUAAUGACUAGUGGCUACCAUCAACCUCACCCUCCUCCUGUUCAGUCCUUCCCUCCUGGUGGUGGUGGUUCAUAUUAUUCAGUGGUAUCAAACAGGCCAGUCCAGAGGUUCCCUUCAAAGAACCCUGAGUCAGACCUUAUAUCAGGGGAUGGGGAUGGGUUUGGGUUUUUGUCUAAAACCGGUAAGGGUUCUGCUUUUGAUUUUGUUAAAGAUGAAAUGAAGGCAAGCAUGGAUGGAGGGAAAAAAUAAAGACUAGUGUACAUUGGAAGUAACUGUAACUUUGUCAUUUUUAAACUGGUUUUUAGUAUAAAAUUUCAUUUUGAUUUGUUUCAUUUUAAAUGUUAUUGUUGUUAAUAUUACUGUUUUUUCAUUGUUAUUAUUAUUAUUGUUGUUGUUGUUUUUACUAUAAUUUGUUGAAGGAGUGACGGAGCUGCAUCAGUUUUUAAUGCAUGAAUAAAAGGUUAAUAAGAACUCAAAAA